AUGACGACUGUUAUUAAUACAACAAAUGCUGAAGUAACAACACCAACAAGUUAUGUAUCACGUUGGAUAGCUCAAAGUCAUAAUACUUAUCAAAAUAAAACAAAUGAAUUAUAUUCACCAUUAUCAUCAUCAUUAUGUGAUUUUCGUACACCAUCAGCAGCAUGUCGAACUUUACCAACUAUAUUUUCACCAAUAAAAUCAUCAACAGUAAAACCUCAGACAACAACAUGGCAAGCACAAGCAAGAUCACGUCUUAAUGCUAGUAAUACUGCUUUAAAUCAUAUGUCUUCAUUUACUUCAUCGGAUAAUAAUAUAGAUUUACAAGAAAAAUUACAUCAUGUCAGAGCUUUACUUGAUGCUAAAAAACAACGUUUAUGCCGUCAUCUUUCAUCAUCAUCAUCAGUAUCAUCGUCUUCUACUAUACCAGAACAAGCUAUUUCUUCCGCUGUAGUAGGAGACCAAUCUUGGCCUCCUCCUCCACCAUCUGCAACUUUAUCAGUUGAGAAUGUCUGUCAUCCACAUGAUGAACCUCAAUUACCAACAGUCUAUCCUUAUCAUCAAUCAUUAACUUUGCCAUGUCUUAUGGAAGAAUCACCAAGUGAUUCUGGUUUAAGUGAUGGUACAAAAACAACAAAUAAUGAGGAUAUUGCUGAUGCAACAACAAAAAAUUCAGCUAUGAUCGAUUUAAGUAAGCCAUUAUCAAGAGAAGAAAUGCUUGCUAUUAUACAAGUUCUUCGAGAAUUGUGGAAAAAACAAUUUGGUAGUGAAAUAUUAGAUAUGCAUAUAAAAUCAAGUGUAUCAACAUCCAAUGUAACUGAAAAGCGCCGUACAGUAAAUACUGAAAGAAUAUCAUAUCUAUCAAAUAAUAAUCGAAAUCAAUAUCAUUCAACACCAACAUUAAAUAAAUUAAGUGCUGAAUUAAGUGAUAUCAAAGAUAAAUUGAAGAAAUUUUCAAAUGGACGUACAACUAUUGAAUUAUCAAAAGAUAUUCCAGUGGAAAAGAAUUCACACGUUAUAGAACCUGAAGAAACACAAUUUAUCGGUGAUACUCUAGUAUUUAUACCUGUAGGUGAUCCAUUAACUCCACAAGAAAUUGAACGAAUGCAAGCAAGAAAAGAAGCACUUAUACGUCGACAAAUUCAACGACGAGAACAACAAAUGUUAAAAAAAAAUCAACGAUUAACAGAUGCCAUUGAACGUCAGAAUGAAUAUCGUCUCUAUGAAGAAUAUACCGCACAACGUCGACAAGAAAAUGAUCUUCGUCGUACAACAAUUUUACAAGCACAUAAAGAACAAAAACGUUUAGAAGCUGAUCCACCAUCAUCACAUGAUUAUUACUUUACAGCUGCACGAACUCGUAAUCGUUUAAAACGAAAAGCAUCAAUGACAUCAUUUAUGUCAUUUGAUGAUGUUAGUUAUGGUGAAUCAACAUUUGAUUUAAUGAGUAAUACUAGUGGAAGAAAAUCAAAUCAUACAGCAAAAACCCAUAUAACUAGAUUUGAUUUAUUAUCACCAAGUGUAUUAGCAUCAACAAGUGCAUCUCGAUCAAAAAUGAAUCGUGCUGCAAGCACAUGUAAUAUCAAUGAACAUUACGAUUCAUUUACAUCAUUACAUUCAAAAGCAACAGGUCCAUUACGUAAAACUACCAAACCAACGACUUUAUUUGGUGGUAGUCUAAUGAAUAUUCCUAUGAUGAAUAAUAAAAAAUGUUCACAACAACAACAAUCAUUUAAUUUACUUGAUGAACCAUUUGAUUUAGUAGGUGAUUCACCAUUAACUGGUUCACUUUCAUCAAUAGCUUUAUCAAUACAAACAGGAUCACAUCUUGCUCGUAGUCAAACACAUUUAUCAACGAAAACAAAUAAACAAGCAAUAUUAAAUUCACUUAAACAAGUUGUUCUUGCUGGUCCAGCUAAUGAACGACAACGAGAAGUUGUUUCACGAGAAAUUGAAUUAUGUGAAGCUCGACAUUUUAUUGUUCUCUUUCGUGAUCAUCGUUUACAAUUUCGUGCCAUUUAUAUGUAUAUACCUGAAACAGAUAUUAUCGAAAAAUUAUAUGGUGUAGGACCUAAUAUAAUCACAGAAGUUAUGGUUGACAAAUGGUACAAAUAUAAUUCAGGUGGUAAACGUUUUACUAAUAUUCCAAUAAGACAUUUUUCAAUUCAAUGUGAUGCUAUUAUUAUUCACAAUGACUUUUGGCAAAAAAAACUACUUAUGCAUAUAAAUCGAUUUCAUUAA